AUGCGAGGUAAGAUUCCAGCUGAUCAACUCCAAUACGAUCCGGAAAUUGAAGCUAUAGCUAGGAGGAACAACAACAAAACAAAGAAGAGAAAGCAACUUGCCAAGUCGAGGAAGAGGCAAGAAUCAUCAACUUCUUCAAAUCAAGAACAAGGAACAAUGGCUGCAGCUGGAGGUGGUGGCAUUCAAGAUGAAAAUGCAGGUUUUGUGAAUUUUACUCCGAGGAACAUGACAAGGAUAGGUAGACCUGCAGGCAAUGAAAGACCAAUGGAGAUGAAGUCUGGAUUGGUACAGCUGAUGUACGCCAAUCCAUUUGCGGGUUUAGACCAUGAGAAUCCGCACACGCAUUUGACAAAGUUCUAUGAACUUUGUGGCACGGCUGGUCUUACACAAGCUGAGGAAGAAGCUGUGUUUCUGAGGCUUUUUCCCUUGACUCUACUUGGGCAAGCAAAGGAGUGGUUUUUAGAUCAACCACAAAGUAGCCUUACCGAUUGGAAUGAACUUGAACGGAAAUUCUUUGCAAGGUAUUUCUCUGAUUCUAAAUUUAUGGAUUGUAAAACUGCGAUUUCUGCUUUCUCUCAGGGUGCAGGUGAAAACUUAUGUGAAACUUGGGAGAGGUUUAAAUCGUUGUUGAGGAAAUGCCCGAACCAUGAGUUUGAUGCAAGGUCCCAAAUCCAUAUCUUUCGAAAGGGCUUGCAGCAACCAACUAGGUUGAUUCUGGACGCAACAUCCGGUGGUUCUUUAAUGGCUAAAUCGCCCAUUGAAGCCAUUCAAAUCAUUGAAGCGAUGGCCUUAAAUGAUCAACAAGAUCAACAUCACCGAGGUUCACCUAGGAGAAGAGGAAUGAUUGAGCUUGGAGCGACUGAUGCUAUGUUAGCUCAAAACAAGCAGCUCCAACAACAACUGGACGAAGUAAAGCAAACACUGAAAAAUCUGCCCAAACAGCUAAAGGAGAUGCAUGAUUCCUCUUCUAGAAAACAGGUAUAUAUAUGUGAUGUUUGUGCAGGUGAUCAUCAUACUAGUAGUUGUGAUCAGAAUCAAGAAGAAGUGAACUAUGUGGGAAAUCAGCAGAGGCAAGGUCAGUAUCAAGGAAACUACCCCAGGGGAGGAAAUCAAAAAUAUAAUCAACUUUGGAGGCAAGAUGCAUGUCCCUCAUCUAGCAGGGCACCACCAUUACCUUAUCAGAAUCAACAAUACCAACAACCACCAGUGGAUAGGACUGCAAAGCUAGAAUACACUCUGAAUCAAUUUAUGCAGGUUUCAAUAUCCAACCAUAAAAAUACUGAUGCAUCUAUUAAAAACUUAGAAAUACAGGUUGGACAGAUGGCUAAACAAUUGAGUCAGCUGACUACUGAGCAGAAAGGGAAGUUCCAUGCCAAUACAGAAGACAAUCCUAGGGAGCAUUGCAAUGCAAUAUUCACAAGAAGUGGGAGAGUAGUUGGUGGAGAGGUUGAUGUGGAUGAAGAGAAAAAUGAGAGCCAUGAUCCAAAAGAGAGUGAAAAAGAGGAAGAAGUUGAAAAAGAAGAAGAAAGGAAUAAAAGGGAGAUUGAUCAUGAGAGGCAAAAGAGGAGAUUUCUAGAUAUUUUCAGGCAUUUGAACAUCACAAUGCCAUUUUCUGAGGCAUUGGAGCAAAUUCCCUCCUAUGGCAAGUACAUGAAAGAGCUUUUGAACAAAAAGGACAGGUUGAAAGCACUGCAUGAAGAUGAGGUGAUUCAACUCAAUGGACGUUGUAGUGCAAUUCUACAACGCUUACCACCUCCAAAGCAUAGAAGUUCCAAGAGUCUUGUCUUGCCGGUUAAACUUGACAACAAUCAAUCCUGUAAUGCACUGAUAGACUCUGGGGCUACUAUCAAUUUAAUGCCUCUUUCCUUGCUGAAAAGGUUGGGAGAUGUGGAAGUAGAGCCUACAGGGAUGACGCUGCAACUAGCUGAUAAAUCAGUCAAAUUACCUCAAGGAAUUGCAGAGAAUGUGACUGCGAUGGUGGAGCAGCUAAAUUUCCCAAUAGACUUUGUGGUUGUAGAUGUUCCUGAAGACAAAGAGAUCCCAAUCAUUUUAGAGAUGCCAUUCAUUAUCACUGCCAGGAUAGCAUUUGAUGUAGAUACUGGGAUCCAAAAGGUGAGACAAGGUGAAGAUGAGGUACAUUUACAGUUUUUAGUGAUAAUCAUCACCGACAAAGCAAAGGUAAAGUUUUCUCAUUCCUCCCUCAAUUUGAUUUCACAUUCUAGAGCUCUAAAUUUGGAGAUUUUGAUUGUGCAAGCACUGAUGAGCAUUGAGGAAUUUGUGGUCUCAUUAGGAAAAGAAUUGCAUGCUUUGAAUAGGACUGCUGUUCAGGAGCAAAUGUUGCAGCACAGACAGGGUCGUGAUGCUUGGCCUGAGGACAGGCCGAAUUCCAGGGAGGAGGAGAGAGCUGCUGGACAUGGAGAUGGAGAUGAAGCUACUACUUCUGCAGCAGCUAACUUGAGAGCUAAUGAUUACAUGAUUGCUGUUCAGGAGCAGGAUGGAGUUGAGGAUUGA